CUCGUGUCCAAGGGAUUCGAGAAGGUCGACCUCGCGUCGUGCAUCAAGUACCUCCGCAUGAUCGACGAGCACAAGCUCCGGCGCCCCGAUCCCGUCUACCGCGCCGCCUCCCUCGUCGUCAACAAUCAGAAGCGCGCCAAGCUCCAGAAGCAAGACCUCUACGCGUUCAUGGAACAACUCGCGGUCGCCGCGCUCGACGUGAACGACGUGGACACGUGCGAUCGCACGAUAGACGUCCUCCGCGAGACGUUUCCAUCCUCUUCGCGCGUGAAACGGCUCGAGGGGAUGUCGCUGGAGGCGAAAGGUCGCGUCGACGACGCGGUGGCCGUCUACGGCAAGGUGCUCGAGGAAUUUCCCUCCGAUCAACGAGCCAUGAAGCGCCGCGUCGCCGCGCUCGCAUCCGCCGGGCGGGACAAGGAGGCGAUCGAGGCGCUCGCCAAGUACCUCGACACCUUCAUGGCGGACACGCGCGCGUGGGAGCGGCUCGCGGGGAUGUAUCAGGAGCGGGGCGCCUACCGGCAAGCGGUAUUCUGCUGGGAAGAAGUCGUCGCCGCCGAGCCGUCUGUGCACUACCAUCACCGGCGACUGGCGGAGUGCCUGUACACGCUGGGAACGGAGGAGGACCUGCGCGCGGCGAGGAAGUACUACGCCGCGGCGGUGGACAUGAGCAACGCAAGCGACGUGAGGGCGCUGUACGGUUUGGCGCUGACGGACAAUAGGCUCACGCGUAAAGGCAAGGUGAAGGGGAAUCCGGACCAACCGGUGGAUGGGGACGGGCAGGUUCCCGUUACGGAGCUCGGGCAACACGCGGCGGGGUUGCUCCGGAAGAUGUACGCGGCGGGGGAGAAGAUCGGGGCGUCGAAGCCGGGACUCUGCGCGAUCGUGGAGGGGCAGCUCAAGACCUUGUUAGACGCGUAGUCUCUAAGUGAUUCUUCGACACGAC